UGUGACAUCAGCGUGCAUCAUCGAUGCAGGGCUGGUUUGCGAGAGCCCUGCACAAAGGACAACAAGCUCAACACUGCUAAUCGAGGCUCUGUUUUUAACAUGGGAUCGAGUACCUCCUCUGGGAUGUCGCCUAGUGUCGCUACAUCUUCCCUUCCUCGUUCUGGAACAUUGAACUCUGGAGCCUAUCCACCUGAGUUCCCUAGCGCAUCUGCUGGGAGGUGUACUAGCUCCAUGGAGGAAACAGGAGGCACAGGUGGCGGUCGCGAAGAUAGUGGUGGCUCCUCGGGUUUGGCGACUUCUACGGAGGACAUGCUUAACUGUCGCAGUGGUAGCUUCAAUGAGCUGAUUGACAAGAGUGCCCCUUGCUCACCCCUUCAGACCUCCUCCGUCCCACCUCCUGACACAGUCGCCUCGUCAGUUGUCGGACCCGAGGUCAAGGUGAAGCGGAGCAAUUCUGGUUUUGUUCACGCAAAUCGGGGUACUUCACAGACUGGUCUUACCUCACCUGAGCCCAUUUCACGAGCUUCACUUGGCAUCGGGAUAGAGAUUAGGAGACUAGUGCAGGAGGAGGAGGAGGAGGAGGAGAAAAUGGGGUGUCUCUUCCGGUCCAGUAGUCGAGUCGGUUGGCUUCUCAAUCAUGGUGUUCGAAUGGAAUGCACUACCUCCUUGAUGCAGUUACCGAUUUUGGUUGACCAUGAACUAAAACGCUCCAUCGCAUCUCCAAAUUCCUCCUCUUCGACGGUGACAUCCGCGGCUGCCAAUGUCCCUGAACUCCUUCCAACGUGGACUGAAGAUCCUGAAAUGGAUGUUUCAGAGAGCUUUGAGGCUGCGACCGAACUGCGAAUCCACUUUCCAAAUUACGAGAUUCCCACAAAGGGCCCGCGCAUUCAGGACCACGUGCGGACCCUGGUUCUGUUGGAGUUUCAUCAGAAGGUGCGUUAUAUGGUUUGCUACUUAAAGCAGUUCGAAUACCUCCUGCUUCGGCGUUGGCCCAAGGAACACCAGCGUCUGGCUGAUCUCAUGGCGUUGGAUAGAAUCCCCCGUCUCAUUCGACUCUUUCGUAGCCUUGUUCAUGCCAUUGAACAAACUGUUGAACCUCAGGGCUACGGCAAAAUGGCUGAGGCGGUAUUGGCUUGGUUGUCCAAAGACGACGAGGCUAAUCUCAAGGCGUGGGUUCGAGAUUGUCAAGCUCUGUCCUGCACAAAUAUGCUGGACAGCAUAAAAGCAAUGGUUCGAGAGUACGCUCGGAAACAUCCGGAUAUUCAGGUGGUUUUGGAGACUCGAUUCAACAAGUUUGUGCUUAUUGAAAGCCUGAGUCAAGUGCGGGUCCUCUAUUUCAAUCUGCCUCUCAUAUCCAACAAUAUUAUGAAGGAUCUGGAGAGGAAGACCUCGAGUUAUAAAGUAAAGUUGAUCAACGAUGGUCACUUCUUCUCCACCGUGGAUAAGGGGGAGCAGUUGACACGACAUCAGGCCCAAGGUGGAAAUUUGCCCUUUGCGGACCUCCUGCUUCAAUUUCCUCGGUCACUGUUUCGAUUCUGGGUAAUUGAUCAUGCCGAGAUUGCCGUAGACAAGUUGACGUUCACCAGCGAUAACAAGAUUAACUAUGACUACAUGAAAGAGAGGACUGAAGUACUGGCCAUCCUUUUGGACUCGGCACUGGUACUUCUCGUAAAGGAUGGCGGUCGCUAUGGCUUACGGUUAUUCAAGCCUUCCAAGGAGCCAGGCAUGGAGAAUCUAACUACAUCCACUUCAAACGCUGCCUCUUUGAGUUCUACGCAAUUCGCUGUGGCUCCUAACCUCCUGGGUAACACCAUGAAACUAUCGCCCGUCUUUUCAACCGACUCGGUGUUUGCCUCCCUGGGUGAACAAAUAGCAAUUGCAAAUUCCUUUCUACUUCUUAGGCCAAGAAUAUAUGCUUAA